AUGCUAAUCAAACCUGUUGGGUGGAUAUGUGGGCAGGUGUUGAAGAACUUUUCUGGAAGAAUUGAGGGGAUCCAGAAAGUAAUCAUGGACCUUAUAGAUGAGUUUAAAGAUGAAUUCCCUACCAUCCUAAGAUUAUCACAGUCUAAUCAGAAAAGAGAACCCAUGCAAAAAACAUCCAAAAUCAAAAUGGCUGUCGCCUUAGCGAAGAUCAACCGAGGAACAUUAAUUCAAGGAUUAAACAGCAUAUCUAGAUCUUCCAAAUCAGUGGCCAAACUUCUGCAGCCUCAGCUUGCUUGUAGACUUCUAGAGCUAAGGGGCAUAUCUCAUCGUUUGCUGAGGGAAGUUAAUGCACCAAAGCAACCCCUAUAUAAUGUGCAGGUCAGAAGGGGUUCUUUGUUUGAAAUCAUUUCUUUUCCAGCAAAGACUGCUUUAAUUAGCAUAAUGUAUGCUUCAUAUGCAGCACUCAUUUAUUUGACAGUCUGUGUUAAUGCUGUGCUGGAGAAGAUAAAGAAAAUUUUCCAAGAAGAAGAAACCAUAAGGCAAAACAGAAAAGAGAAUGAAAAUCUUAGAAAAGCCUUUUCUGACCCUGUGCUUUCUGAGUCUACAUUUCCUGAAGGUGAAAUCAAAGCAAAACCUUACAGGUCAUUACCAGAGAAACCAGACAGUAUUUCGGAUCGCCCCAAACUUCCUGCUAAUAAGUUGAGUAAUAAGAUCCAAGUUUUACAUUCUGUGUUUGACCAAUCAGCUGAAAUGAAUGAAUAAGCAAAUUGGAACAUGAAUAUUACCAAGUGGAGCUUAAGAAUUAUCUAUCUAACCACAUUUCAUCUGAUAAAACCAGGAAACUAGUUUUCAUAUAUUGAGUGCUCUGCUUUAAGAAAAGGGUUGGAGAACUACUAAAAUGUCAUUCUCAACUAUUUAUAUGGUAGAGAAAAUAAAAUGAAUCUUGAUAUAGAAGUAUGACAAUGGUAUUUUAAUGAACAAGAAAGUGUACCCCUUGGAGGGUUAGACUUUAUGCUAUCAUUUAUAACAUGGGUAUAUUUAUAUUAUAAUUAUAUUUUAUUAAAGACCUGUUUUAAGUAUCUUUCCAAUUACAGUUGGCCCUUGAACAUGGGUUUGAACUGUGCAGAUCCACUUAUAUGCAGAUAUUUUUUGAUAAAUAUAUUAUAGUAAAUGUAUAUUCUCUUAUGAUUUUCUUAACACUUUCUGUAGCUUACCUUAAGAAUACAUUAUAUAAUACAUAGGACAUUAAAAAUAUGUGUUAAUCAAGUGUGUAUGUGAUCAGUCAGGCUUCCAGUCAAUAGUAGACUAUUAGUAGUUAAGUUCUGGGGGAGUUCAAAGUUAAAUGUGGAUUUUCAACUGUGCAUGGGGUUGGUACUCCAAACCUCUGCAUUGUUCAGGGGUCAACUGUAUUCAUCUGGAGGAAAAAUACCCUACAUAUCAAAAUGCUACAUCUUUUUCAGAGAUCACAAAAGGAUAUUUAUUUUCUAUUUAUAGGCUGUAUAGUUUGAAUCUGCCUAUUAUCGAUCCUUUUAUAGCUCAUCUAUAAAGUUACAGAGAACUUAUGAUUCACAGAUAUAAUAUAUUUAUAAAACAAAAUAUUACUUACAAAUCUUACAGAAGAUUUCUAUAUGUGAGGAUAGGAUAGGACAUGACAUUUUUUAUUUCCAGAUUUGGAGGAACAUAUUUAGAACCAGAAAUUAAGUCCGUAUUACUCAUUGUUGCCACUGGGUCAUGAAAGAAAAACGCUUCUGUAACUGGCCCUGCAAAUGAGGGUCACUGUUUGGCCUGCAGGAAGCACUUUGGUUUCUUCCAUGUCUUAAAUUCUGGACAUGCGUUAAGACCUGACUGGUCAUUGGAGGAUUAGCACCUGAUAUAAUAGGCUAGGAUAUACCAUCAAGUGAUGGUACAUUUCCUGUGCCUGGUAAACAGGCAUAAAAGGACUUAUAAAAAGCCCAACCCUGGCUUUUUAAUGGUCUGAAAAAUGAGUGACAAGGGUUGUAUUACCUCAUAUUACCCAUAUUCCAUCAGAAAAAGAAAUGUGAUACUAUGUAGCAAAGGGCUCUGUAAGCACACCCUUAAUGAUAGGUACUUAAUUCACUUACUAUUUUUACCAUACCAAGGGAAAGAGUCCAGGUGGCCCCCCUACAAUGUUCAGUAUUAGGUUUGAAGCCGUAAUUCAAUCCUACGCCACUAAGAAAAUUACUGUGCUUAGAGACAAGAUUCCAAUUUUGACAAACAGCUUUUCACACUCUGAAUUCAUAAUGUGAUCAUCCUGGUUCUGAUUCUACUUAUUCUUAUAUUCUACUAUUUGCUGCUGAGUUUUAGAUGAUAAACACCCAGAGUACUACACCACAGCGUGGGCACCAGGCAACCAGAAUACUGCUAGCCAUAAAUAACUGGUAUGUGAAAGCAGGGUGGACCAACUGAAUGUCAGCCCUGUCCGGGAACUCAGCAGCAGGGACUCUGAGGAACAACACCCUCUAUCUCUUCUAACAUUUACAUGAAGCACUUAGUUCUAAAUACAUCACAAAAUUAUCAAAAACAAAGCAAAAACAAAACUUCUAUUUGAAGAUUUUAUAUAGGACAUUCAAAGUACUUUGGCUUACUGAAUAAGAGACUUCACAUCUCUCAUGGCUGGGCAGCAGCUGUGUGUGUCUUCUUUACUUUGAGAGUGUUUGCUUUGACCAGAGAGAAACUGAGCCAAGAUCUGUUUGGUUUCAAUGUGCAGUACAUGGGGAUGAAAGAGUGCACUAGUGGUGAGCACCGGGUGUUGUAUGAAGUGUUGAAUAUGUUUCUUAUUUCUAAAUUAAGCAUGUAAAUUGAUCCCAUUUUGAAGGCAUUUUUGAAAUGUAAAAAGUCUGCUAUAUAUUUGGAAAAAUCAAAUAGUUGAGAUUUAAGCAUUUCAAUGUAUUUAAAUUUUA